AUGCAUUCUAUGCUUGGCGGCCACGUAGAUACAUUGUUGUUCGCUGCAAACGUCCAAGGUAUUGCUAUAAAGUUAAAUGUUGAACCAAAAAUACCUCGAACAUGCAGCAAUCAAAAAAAUAGAAGCAAUGUCCCGUUUAAUAAUAUUGAAGAUUUUUACAAAAAAACUAUUUUUAUACCGUAUUUGGACGAUUUAAUAAUGGCAUUAAAUGAAAGAUUUUUUCCUCAUAAUGAAACUAUAAUUUCAUUACAAUUUGUCUUACCUCGUAUCAUAGUUGAAAAACCAUUUUUUAAUUUAAAAAAAGCUGUCGAAUUUUAUAAAAGUGAUUUACCUGGGCUAAACGACAUUAUAGAAGCAGAGUAUGAAAUUUGGCAGGCUAAAUGGAAAAAUAUUGAAGAAAACUUAAGACCUGCAACUGCUAUAGAAGCUCUAAGAGCCUGUGAUCGUUUAAUGUACCCUAACAUAUUUGAAUUACUAAAAAUACUAGCUAUAAUUCCAGUAUCCACCGCUACGGCUGAACGCAGCUUUUCUACUCUUAGAAGACUUAAAACAUAUUUAAGAAAUACAACUUCUGAGUCCAGGCUAGUAGGACUAGCACUUUUAUCCAUUCACCGAGACAUUGAUGUAAAUGAUGAUAUGGUAUUAGACAAAUUUGCCAACAGUGGUAAAGAGAGAAAUUUGAAUUUAAUAUAA